CGGUUUUAUAAUACAUAAAUUCAAAUUUGAAAUGUUAUAUAUUCCUAAAAAUCAAAGUUGAUAUAAAUUCAAAUUUAAGAAACUAAUAAAUGAGUUAAGAAUGAGAAAUGUUAUCCAAGUCGAAUAUACUUUAGUGAAUAUCGAGUCAGGCAGGGUGAGCAGGACGUUCCUCUAGCGCAGCCCUGCCGAACAUCGGCUCAGUUGACUCGGAUCGAACGAUUGCGUAGUCGCUACAAAAGGCCGUAGCCUCCAAGGCUUUUGUUUUGUAUUUUGUCACAAAACUGACAUAAUGUUCCAAUUAAUAUUUUAAAGAAAGUAAACAAUAGAGUAACUGUUAUUUAUAUAGUCAAUAAAUGCAAUAGGACGUUUCAAAACUUUAAUUUAAUGUCAUAUUGUGUUUAAAAUGGAUGAUUCUUUCAUUAUCACAAAUUUUCAUGCGCUUUGUCGCUUGUGUUUAAGUAAAAGUGGCCUUACAGUAUCAAUUUUCGGGACAGCUCCUGAUGAUGAUGCCAAUAUGUCCCUAACCUCGAAAAUCGCUGAAUGUUUCGAACUACAGAUGGAACCUAAUGACGGACUUCCUGCCAGGAUUUGUUACAAAUGUCUAUUUAAAUUAAAUAAAUGUUCGAAAUUCAGAUCACAGUGCAUUCAAAGUGAAGCUAGAUUGAGACAGAUAACAAACCGUGUCAAUGAGUUGGACAACUCAAAUUCAUCUGAACUGAGUAAUUUUAAUUACAACAAUAUUCAAGAAAACCAAAAACCUAAGCCUGAAGAUUAUAUUGUAGAGGACAGUGUUGUAAUGGUUGUGGAUCCGAGCCUUGAUUAUGAUUCAUCUGAAGAAUCAGAAAAUGUUGAUCAAGCUGAAAUUGAAACAGGUGACAGGGACAACACUCCUGAUGGAGAAACAGCCUCAGAAUCGUAUUAUAAGAAUGUUUUUAUGUGUCAGUACUGUGAUCAAGCAUUUGUUUCUCAAGAAAAGUGUAAAGAACAUGAACAAGGUUUUCACGAUCCAAACCUUCCAUAUAAAUGUGUGGAAUGCAGUCUAGUAUUUGCUGAACGGAGUCAAUAUGUUGCACACACAAAACAAGUGCAUGGUAGUGACAAACCAUAUCACUGCCCCGAAUGUGAUAAAUGCUUCGGUCGGAGAUCAGAUUUGAGAAAGCAUUCCAUUGUUCACACUGGUAUAAGACCUUUUCAAUGUCAGUACUGUUUGAAAAGUUUUUCUCGAAAUACAAAUUUAAGUAAACACUUAAGAAUUCAUGCAGGUCAUAAGCCCCAUGUUUGUCCCUUAUGCCCACGGAGCUUUGUAGCGAAAGGUGAUCUGCAAAGACAUGUUCUAGUUCAUUCUGGAAUGAAACCUUAUGCAUGUCGUAAAUGCCCUCUUACAUUUGGACGAAGAGAUAAGCUACUUAAACAUGAAGUAAGGCAUGGGCCAGUUAGUCCAGAACAUAAAGAAUUUGAUAAUGAACAAGACUCUCAAGAUAUGGUUGUUAAUGUUAAUCCCUUUAGUAACCUAAUGACUUCUCCCACACUUAAUUCAGAUAAUAUAAAUCCUAAUGACUAUGAUUUACCACGAGUGCCAGACCAUAUUGCUGGUGAAGGUAGCUUUAUAAACCAAAUACAAAAGAAUCCAUCCACUUCUGGAAAACUACAGACUUCACCAACCAAACCAAAAGUGUCCAUAUCAAAUAAAAAUAAGCCAAAAAAUAUAAAAUGCCAUCAAUGUCCUAAGAGAUUUUCAUCUUUAGAUGCCUACAAGACUCAUGUUUCCAUAGCUCAUAUUGGUUCAAGGGUUUUCCAAUGCAAAAUUUGUUUUAAGAAGUUCCCUCGGAAGAGAGAAUUAGACCGACAUGUUUCAAUACACUCUGGUAUGAAACCAUUUAGUUGUAGUCAAUGUGAUAAAAAAUUUAACAGAAAAGAUAAACUUAACAAACAUGAAGAGACUCAUGAAUGCUUGGUUGUGAAUAUGCCUUGUAUAGAAUGUGGUGCAACCUUUGAAAGAAAACCAGACUUGGUCGCUCACAUUAAAUCUCACUUCACAGAUAAUUUUGAUGACAAAAUCCCUGAAACAGAAAUCAAAAAAGAAAAUGAACCAAAUUUUUCCUUAGAUGAUAAUUUUUAUGAUUUAGAAACAUGAGAUUUAAGACUUUCCACAAGCACUGUCAUAGACAUCGAUAUCACAUUUUAAAUUUCCAUUUAUUUAAAGUACCUUAACACCUUUAAUAAUAUGUUAAACUUAAAUCAGUAUUUUAAUGAAAAACAUUGUUGAAUAGUUAUACCUUACUAUAUCUCUUUAAAAUUAUGUACUUACUACUUUAAAUAAUUUAACAUUAACAUAGAAAAUUAUGAGUAGUAAUUAAAUAUAGGCUUACAGAAAAGCAAUUCUUGAUAGACUGUAAAUAUACUUUAAUUGUUACUAUUAGAAUAAUCUGAAUUCUUAGAUUUAUUUAUUAAUUAUA